AUGACGGAGAGGAGCAGCAUCCUGACACGAGACAGCUCCGUACCAUCCGUGUACGCAGGCCCUGACGAGCCCAGCCUCGAGGACGUCAUGGGCAUGUACGAAAAGGGUUUUCACGACGACUCGAGCCCAGAAGACAUUGACGAUAUGCAUUUUCACGACAAGAGAAACGACGGGGCCAUGAACAGGAGGAACACACGGAUCCUCGAGGCUCUUGAGAAGUCGUUGCCCGCGCCCCCGACAUCGGGUCUCGGGAUGGGCCCCCUGGUCCGGGAAUCGGCCGAGAUGUUCCGCGGCGAGGAGCCGCCGCUUGCUCUGCCCAAAUCAUCGACAUUUGGGGACUUUAACAAGCGACACGAGAACGAGAAGCGGGACUCGGCCAAGUCCCUUCACGAGUCACCACCCUCACGGCAGAGCCCAGUCCCGAUUGAACAUGAAGAUCCCGAGUCCAGGGACAGAUAUGGCUUCCGCAAAGCCAACCAGUACGUCACGCGAGAGCAGUACGAUACGUGGAACACGGGCUACGUCGAGUACCUCGCCCGCCGACGGAAGAAGUGGGUUGCCUACCACAAAGAGAUGGGUCUCUUGACGGACAAACCCGACCGGUUCCCUCCACCCGCGAGCACCAAGACAAAACGAUUUGUCCGCAAGGGCAUCCCACCCGACUGGCGAGGCGCUGCCUGGUUCUAUUACGCCGGGGGGCCUGCCAUCUUGGCCGAGUAUUCUGGCGUCUAUGACGAGCUUCUUACGAAGCAGGUCAGCGCUGUCGAUGCCGAGGCCAUCGAGCGUGAUCUCCACCGCACUUUCCCCGACAAUAUCAAGUUUAAGCCCAACAAUCUCUCGAACAACACGGACUCAUCGCGAAGCAGCAACCAGACAACAUCGGAAACGGCUUCGAGUGGCGGCGAGGACGGCGAGCCGCGCAUGAUUUCCUCUCUGCGGCGGGUCCUCCGCGCUUUUGCCAUUCAGAACCCUCUCAUCGGAUACUGCCAGAGCCUCAACUUUUUGGCCGGCUUGCUGCUGCUAUUUCUCGAGACGGAGGAGCAAGCCUUCUGGCUGUUGAACGUCAUCACGCGGGUAUACCUUCCCGGCACGCAUGCAAUGAGCCUCGAGGGCUCGAAAGUGGAUCUCGGCGUGCUCAUGGGCGCCAUCCGCGAGUCCAUGCCAGCGGUCUGGGCCAAGAUUGGCGAUGAGAUGGACGGAGACCCAAACGAGUCGCGGCCGACGACGAGUGGAGCUUCAGCCGCGAAGAAGGCUAGGUCGAGGCGCAAGCACAUGGCCAACAAGUCCGUCUCGACAGACAGGCUGCCGCCCAUCACGCUGUGCAUGACGGCAUGGUUCAUGAGCUGCUUUAUCGGGACGCUACCGAUCGAGACGACGCUGCGGGUAUGGGAUGUCUUCUUUCUCGAGAGCUCCAAGACGCUCUUUCGCGUGGCUUUGACCAUUUUCAAGCUCGGCGAGGCGGAGAUCAAGGCCAUUGCCGAUCCGAUGGAGAUGUUUUCGGUGGUGCAGGCGAUGCCGCGACGGCUCAUUGACGCCAACGCACUGAUGGAAUCUUGCUACAAGCGACGCAACGCCUUUGGGCAUCUCAACCAGGAAACCAUUGACGCGUUGCGACAGGAGAGGCGGGACAAGACGCAGCUCGACCGGGACAAGCUGGCGGGCCACGUUACGGACGGCGAAUCAAAGGUGCGACGCAAGAAUACGCUUUUUGGGCGGCGACCCAAGCGGGACGCAAGCGCAUAG